AUGGCGCUACUAGCCAAGUGCCAUGUUCUGCCGCUGCUCCUUGCCCUCGUGCUGCUGUUAUCGUGUUCUGACGCAUCAGGCAAGACUUUUAAGAAGCAGGGUAGGAGCAACAAGAAGAGGAAAAGCAAGAACAGCCUUCUCAAACAGAUGUUCUGUCCGAACAUGCAGACGCAUUGGUUGAUGUUGGGGUUUGAAGAUAGGGUUGCUUUUCCAUUGCCAACAUGCCCGAACAAAGAUUUCUCUGAAUUAUACGAGGGAGCACAAUCGCCGAAUAGUCGAAGGCUCUUCAAUGUGCAGUCAGCGGGCAACAACACUGAUACGAAUGUGUCAAUCGCCACAACCAACAAUUCCUCGCUGACAGCAAACUGUUCUGUCCUGUCGCUGCCUUCCUUUGCUGAGUGGCAAAAUUCGUCAACUGGUGUCUGUGUGUGGAGCUGUAGAUCAGGUUUCUACUUGCCAGAUCCGAACAUUAGUGCUUGCCAUGGCUGCAAAGCUGCAGGUUACUUGAUCUUUGACAACACAUCCUUCUGCACUCCUUGCAAAGCAGGUUGGUACAAACCUCUCAACGACAGCAGUGCGUGUGUCAAAUGUCCUCCGAGGACUUUCGCAUGGAGCGGCUCCUCUGCGUGCGACUUCUGCCCUGACGACUCUGCUCCUCUCUCCGCCAACUUCUCCGCCUUCGAAUGUGUCUGCAAGCUUGGAUACCAGAUCGAUCCGACCAACACGAGCUGCAUACCCUGUGAGCCAGGAUAUUACAAGAAUGAGACAGCAGAGCGCUGCUCUGAGUGCGAGAUCAACUCAUAUGCAAGCGCAAACAGCAGCAUAAAUUGCACUGCUUGUCCCUUGAACCAAGGAUCUAUGGCAGGGAGUAUCUCCCCCAGAAACUGCUCAUGCCUUCCAGGGAGAGGUUACGACGAGGCAACGAAAACUUGCGCUCCCUGCUUGCCAGGUUUCUUCAAGGAGGGCAGGUGGAACGACAGAUGUGUCCCUUGCCCUCCAGGAACAUACGCAGACAAAAGCGGUUUGGACGAGUGCGUCACUUGUCCUCCGGGAUCAACAUCACCAGUCAAGAGUGACACUAUCAACAUGUGCGAGUGUGUAGCGGGUCUUGUUCCUGCCGUGCCGUUCAUCCUCUGUGUGAUGAAGUGA